UAAAAUGCAGUUACUCGGCCUCUAUAUAUUCCAGAACAUUUUCACUGCCGUAGAAUAUUUUCACCAUCAUUUAAACAGAUUUCGUGAAAAAUGCACGUCCUAAGGAUGGAAAUUGCUGGAUACCUACUGCCGUUGUUGAUUUGUGGAGUCUUGCCAGUUCAGUCAUUGAACACUAAUGUUACUAAACCCUGCAUGAAGCAACAGAGAAAUGAAAAUCAGUGUGCAUUGGCUGGGAAGUGGAAAAAUGAGCUUGGUUCUAAGAUGGAAAUAACUUGCAACGAAGGAACCAUCUCUGGUAGAUAUGAAAGCACCGUUGGACAAGCUGUAAAUUGGUAUGAUCUUUCGGGAAGAUAUCUCCAGGUAAAUGAGAAAGACUUCAUGGUCGGAUGGUCCGUGGCUUGGAAAAAUCAAGAUGAAGAUGCCAAGUCUCUCACAAGUUGGACUGGGGUAUACUAUGCCGAGAAAGACGAAAUAUGGACCCAGUGGAUUCUCGGUGCGUUCAAAAAUCAAACAGAUUACUGGAGAAUUUACUACACUAAUCAGAAUGUAUUUACCAGGGAUAAUGAAUGUUAGAUGGAGAAGAUAUUCAAUUGAUAUAUCAUUAUGCCAUUUCUUUUCUUUCUUUCAUUUUUUUUUGCAUUAAAAAAUUCUCAUGUUUACUUAUAAAAUAAAAGUAAAGAUGCAUUAAUAAAAUUCCUCAACAAAUUUA